GUGGUCCCUGAGCAGCCUCCCAGCAGGGAGAAGCCCUUCAAGUGCUUGGAAUGUGGGAAGAGCUUCAGUCGGAGCUUCAACCUGCUCAGACACCAGGACAUGCACACUGGGGCACGUCCCUACACAUGUGAGGAAUGUGGGAAGAGGUUCAGCCAGAGCUACCACCUCUGCACCCACCAGCGUAUCCAUACCGGGGAACGGCCCUACAUGUGUGGGGAAUGUGGGAAGAGCUUCAACCGGAGCUUUCACCUUCGUUCCCACCAGCACAUCCACACUGGAGAAUGUCCUUACACGUGUAGGGAAUGUGGGAAGAGCUUCAGCCAGAGAUCCAACCUCCACAAACACCAUCGCAUCCACACCAGGGAACGGCCCUACAAGUGCCUGGAUUGUGGGAAGAGGUUUCCAACCAGCGGGAAUCUCUACAGGCACCAUCGGACGCACAUGGAUGAGAGGCCCUUCUGCUGCACUGACUGCGGGAAGGGCUUCAACCAGAACUCCCAUCUUGUCACCCACCGGCGUAUCCACACCGGUGAGAGGCCCUACAAGUGUGGGGAGUGUGGGAAGACCUUCCCCCACAGCUCUACCUUGACCAAACACCAACGGACCCACCAGUAAGGGAAGCCCCACCAGUGCCCCGACUGCGGGAAGAGCUUCGGCCGCUGCUUCCAC